CGCCCCGCUAAGUCCCGCCCCCCGCCACACGCCCCCGCCCCGCUGCUCAGAGCGGCAGCGCCGAGACACCGAGCGGUCGCACCGGCACAGCCACCGCCACCGGCACCGCCCCGCCGGCCGCCAUGGCCGAGUACCGCAGCUUGCUGGAGGAGCUGGCCCAGAACAUCACGGCCGAGGACCUGGAGCAGCUGAAGUCAGCCUGCAAGGAGGACAUCCCCAGUGAGGAGAGCGAGGCCAUCGCCACCAGCCACCACUGGUUCGCCUUCCUUGAGAAGCACAGCAAACUGGACAGAGACAACCUGUCCUACAUCGAGCACAUCUUUGAGAUCUCGCGCCGCCCCGACCUGCUGACCAUGGUGGUGCAGUACCGCACCCAGGUCCUCAAGAUCUCUGAGGAGGACGAGGUGGACACCAAGCUCACCCGCAUCCCCAGCGCCAAGAAGUACAAGGACAUCAUCCGGCAGCCCUCAGAAGAGGAGAUCAUCAAAUUGGCCCCCCCACCCAAGAAAGCCUGAGGAGGGGUGAGGAGGAGGAGGAGGAAGGCUGUGUCCCCCCAUCCCCGUCCCCCGUCCCCCUGCCACCUCUCCGGCCCCUGGGGCGCGGGCAGGUGGGGGGGGGCCAGCAUGGUCACUAACAAAGUCUUA